GCCCAGCCCCUACCGCCGGCGUUCGCGCAGCUACAGCCGCGCGUCCUCGUACGAGCGCGGCGGCGACGUGUCCCCCAGCCCCUACAGCGGCGGGAGCUGGCGGCGCUCGCGGAGCCCCUACAGCCCGGUGCUCAGACGCUCUGCCAAAUCCCGAAGUAGAAGUCCAUACUCAUCUAGGCAUUCAAGGUCUCGUAGCAGGCACAGAUUGUCUAGAUCCCGGAGUCGUCAUUCUAGCAUUUCUCCUAGCACACUGACUCUGAAGAGUAGCCUGGCUGCUGAGUUGAACAAGAAUAAAAAAGCACGUGCUGCAGAGGCGGCACGAGCUGCAGAGGCAGCGAAAGCUGCAGAAGCGGCCAAGGCUGCAGAGGCAGCUGCGAAAGCUGCAAAAGCCUCCAACACCAAUACAUCUACACCAACCAAGGGGAACACUGAAACUGCAGCCAGCUCAUCGCAAACCAACCAUGUGAAGGAUGUGAAGAAAGUUAAAACUGAGCAUGCACCUUCUCCCUCAAGCGGUGGAACUUUAAAAAAUGACAAGGCGAAAACAAAGCCACCUCUUCAGGUAACAAAGGUAGACAACAAUUUGAUUUUAGAUAAAGCCACCAAGAAAACAUCUGUAGUUGGGAAGGAGAGUAAAUCUGCUGCUACAAAGGAGGAACCAGUAUCUCUCAAAGAGAAAACCAAACCACUGACACCAAGCAUCGGAGCCAAGGAAAAGGAGCAACAUGUGACUUUAGUGACCUCUACCCUGCCACCAUUACCUUUGCCUCCAAUGCUGCCAGAAGAUAAAGAUGCCGAUAGCUUAAGAGGAAAUAUUUCAGUAAAAGCAGUUAAAAAAGAAGUAGAAAAGAAACUCCGAUGUCUACUUGCUGACUUACCACUGCCCCCUGAGCUACCUGGAGGAGAUGAUCUUUCUAAGAGUCCAGAGGAAAAGAAAACUGCAACACAGUUGCAUAGUAAACGGAGGCCUAAAAUAUGUGGGCCUCGCUAUGGUGAAAUCAAAGAAAAAGAUAUUGACUGGGGAAAACGCUGCGUGGAUAAAUUUGAUAUCAUUGGAAUUAUUGGAGAAGGUACUUACGGACAAGUUUACAAAGCCAGGGAUAAAGACACUGGAGAAAUGGUAGCCUUAAAAAAAGUACGUCUGGAUAAUGAAAAGGAAGGCUUUCCAAUUACAGCAAUUAGAGAAAUUAAAAUUCUCCGGCAGCUUACCCACCAGAGUAUUAUCAAUAUGAAGGAAAUAGUGACUGAUAAAGAAGAUGCUUUGGAUUUUAAGAAGGACAAAGGUGCAUUUUAUCUGGUGUUUGAGUACAUGGACCAUGACCUGAUGGGACUGCUGGAAUCAGGCUUGGUUCAUUUUAAUGAAAAUCACAUCAAGUCAUUUAUGAGACAGCUUAUGGAAGGUCUAGAUUAUUGUCAUAAGAAGAACUUUUUGCAUAGAGAUAUUAAGUGUUCAAAUAUCCUUCUAAAUAAUAGAGGGCAGAUAAAACUUGCAGAUUUUGGACUUGCUCGAUUAUAUAGCUCAGAAGAAAGUCGACCCUAUACUAACAAGGUCAUCACUUUAUGGUACCGCCCACCCGAGCUGCUGUUGGGAGAGGAACGAUAUACACCAGCUAUUGAUGUUUGGAGCUGUGGAUGUAUCCUUGGUGAACUGUUCACUAAAAAACCUAUAUUUCAAGCAAAUCAGGAACUUGCACAACUAGAACUAAUAAGCCGUAUAUGUGGGAGUCCGUGUCCAGCAGUGUGGCCUGAUGUAAUCAAACUACCAUAUUUCAACACUAUGAAACCAAAGAAGCAAUAUCGCCGAAAGUUAAGAGAAGAAUUUGUUUUCAUUCCUGCAGCUGCUCUAGACUUGUUUGAUUACAUGCUCGCCUUGGAUCCUAGUAAGCGCUGCACUGCUGAGCAGGCUCUUCAGUGUGAGUUUCUACGAGAUGUGGAACCCUCAAAAAUGCCUCCACCAGACCUUCCUUUAUGGCAAGAUUGUCAUGAGUUGUGGAGUAAAAAGCGAAGAAGACAGAAACAGAUGGGCAUGACUGAUGAUGUUUCCACAAUUAAGGCUCCCAGAAAGGAAUUAUCUCUGGGUUUGGACGACAGCAGAACCAAUACACCACAAGGUGUGCUGCCAGCUACACAGCUGAAAUCUCAGGGCAACUCGAAUGUAGCACCUGUAAUAACAGGCCCUGGACAGCAGUUAAACCACAGUGAAUUGGCAAUUCUUCUAAACCUACUACAAUCUAAAACAAGUAUUAAUAUGGCUGAUUUUGUCCAAGUGUUGAACAUUAAGGUUAACUCUGAGACUCAACAGCAACUAAAUAAAAUAAACCUUCCUGCUGGAAUUUUGGCAACAGGUGAAAAACAGACAGAUCCAUCCACACCACAACAGGAGUCUUCGAAACCACUGGGAGGAAUUCAGCCUUCUUCUCAGACUGUCCAACCUAAAGUGGAGACUGAUGCUGCCCAGGCGGCCGUGCAGAGUGCAUUUGCAGUUCUCUUGACUCAGUUAAUAAAGGCUCAGCAGUCAAAGCAGAAAGAUGUGCUAGUAGAAGAGAGGGAAAAUGGUUCCGGACAUGAUGCAUCAUUACAACUCAGGCCACCUCCAGAACCUAGCACGCCGGUGUCGGGGCAAGAUGACCUCAUCCAGCACCAAGAUAGGAGGAGAUUGGAGCUAACACCAGAACCAGAGCGACCUCGGAUUUUGCCUCCUGAUCAACGACCUCCUGAGCCUCCUGAACCACCGCCUGUCACCGAGGAAGACCUGGAUUAUCGGACAGAAAACCAGCAUGUACCCACUACGAGUUCUUCAUUAAGUGACCCUCAUGCUGGAGUGAAAGCAGCCCUGUUACAGUUGCUUGCUCAGCAUCAGCCCCAGGAUGAACCCAAACGCGAAGGUGGUAUUGAUUAUCCAGCAGGAGACACUUACGUGCCCACUUCAGACUACAAGGACAGCUUUGGAUCAUCGUCUUUCUCCUCUGCUCCUUAUGUUAGCAAUGAUGGUCUAGGAAGUAGUUCUGCUGCACCAUUGGAACGACGUAGCUUCAUUGGAAACUCAGAUAUUCAGUCUUUGGAUAACUACAGUACUGCUUCAUCUCAUUCUGGUGGUCCACCUCAGCCUUCUGCCUUUCCUGAGUCAUUUCCGAGUUCCGUAGCUGGAUAUGGAGACAUUUACCUCAAUGCUGGUCCCAUGUUGUUCAGUGGAGACAAGGACCACAGAUUUGAAUACAGCCAUGGCCCUAUUGCAGUCCUGGCAAAUAGCAGUGACCCUUCUACAGGGCCAGAGAGUACUCAUCCUUUGCCAGCAAAGAUGCACAACUAUAACUAUGGUGGUAAUUUACAGGAAAAUCCUGGCGGCCCAAGCCUCAUGCAUGGGCAGACCUGGACUUCCCCUGCUCAAGGCCCUGGAUAUUCACAAGGAUACAGGGGGCACAUCAGCACAUCAGCCGGCAGAGGUCGAGGCAGAGGGUUACCAUAUUGAGUAUCUGUUUUUCCUCAGGCACAUCAUUUUUAUCUGGAAAGACUUUCUAGCUGCAAUUUAAGGCAGCAAUCCAAGAGACUUGAAUAAUAUUAAUUCAACAACAGCUUUAUUUUUAUGUGGAAAAGGGUCUUGCAUACAAUAGUUUAAAAAAAAAGAAAAAAAACCUUUGCUUAAAUUCAUGCUGUUCUUAAAAUUAGAUCUAUUGAUUGUACAUCUUCACAAAUUCUAGUUAACAAUUUUAUUUUGUAUUCUUGCAGUUUUAAGUGGAUGCUAAUCUUAGGGACAUAGGCUUUUUAUGGCCCUCUUGCAGAUCUUCUGAACUAUGCACAUUUGUGCUUUUUUUGUACGUUUGGACCAACUUUUAUGUAACAAACAAACACCCCUUCCCUGCCCCCCUCCAGUUUUACAACAAUCAGAAAGGGCACUGAUUUAUUUGGUAUUUUUCUUUUUACAAAGCUACCUUUAGUCAAAGGUCACUGUCAGUCCUUGCACCUGCUUCAGUGUUAUUGUGAAAGGUGUACUUUGUGCUCAUUUCAGAAAAUAAAACACAACCUUUCUCUUGAUGCUACAGUUUUAUAAAAAAAAAUGGUCAACGUUAUUUUUGUUUUGUUUUACAGAUUACCAUAGCCUAGCAAAAUGCAUUCAAAUGAAAUAGUGGGUUUUAUAUAUGAAAAAUAAGGGUGGGGUGGGGAGGGCUAAGUAAGUGCCUUAACGGGUAAGCUUAAGGUCUGAAAAAGCAGUUUACACCCAUUUGUCUUUUAAAGGGAAUCAAUGCAUUGUACAAGAGGAAGAAGGCUCCGAAGUUUUUAGGGGCUGCCUGUUCAGUUCCUGUUAGGUCCAUUCCCUCUGCCUGUUAGACCUUCUCCUGUUCUGCCUGUCUCUGGGCUGUGUUAACUUUCGCUGUCGCCUUCUCCUCUUAGGGAAGUGAAAGCAAAGAAAGGGAGUAGAACUGUACUCAGUACCUUCUGUCACUUCUGAGAAGUUCUAAAAAGUUUUGUCAUUUAAUGGUUGAAAGUAGUAGCUACCUGCGAAUUGUAGAGUAGUGUUUUCUUUCAGGCUGCCACAUUGUCUCUGUUUCCAUUUGGAGGACAGGAGUUGAGAAGCAAGGAUUAAUAACAGAUUUUACAUAAAUUAGUUCAACUUCAUGGGAGGAGGGGUGGCAAACACAGUAUUUAAGGUUUUCAGUUGCCAUUUCAAGAAAAAGUCAACUUGUUAACUAGAAGCAUUGCCUAGAUUGAAUUUAUUGAAAGAAGCAAAAAGAAAAUAGAGAAAACUUUUUCACUUCCCCUCAUCUUUAUAAAGUUUAUUAUGGCUUCUGCCACACUUAGAGUGACAUUAGUUCAUCUUAACAUAUUUUUUUCUUUCAUUAAAAGUAACAAAAGAAAUUGGAAUAACCCUUAUUUAAACGGUAAUAUUGUCAAGUUUUUGUGCACAUGUAUGCACACAUACAAUAUAAUAUUCUGGAAAGGAACCAAAGUUAAGUACCCAUCAUCACUAAAUGGAAACAUAGGCUCUGGAAAUGUAAAGUUGUACCAGUUAACCAUUUAGCUUUAACUGUUCUGGUAACUUAUUUUUUUAUUGGAGUCUUAAACUGGAACAGCUGUUACAGAAUGAAAAUUGCUCCAGGUCUAAAAACCAAUGAAGCCCAUGCUCUCUGUUUUUCUGAUUUGUGAACCUGCACUUCAGGACAGGAUAUGGAAAACAUUGCCGUUUGGUAACAGUAAGAAUAUGUUAAGAAGCAUAAGUUACCAUUUUACUAGUAUAAAAUGAGUUGAUGUUAGUUGGCCAUUUUAUUUUUUGAUGUAAUGUUUUGUUUGGGGGAGAAAGAAAUGAAUGGAAGAAAAAUUAUUUUGUUUUUAUUUGAAUACUAACAACUUAUAAUAAAACUACAAGAAGUGAAGACAUAUUUUGAAAUUUAGCAAAAUAGCUACAGUAUUCAAGUCUCUGAAAUUUUAAUAUGGUGAGUCUUAGAGCUUUAGACUUUCUUAUAAGUGACAGUAUCUAAGUUAUUCUUAAUAGUCACACUUGAUAAUUCUGCUGACCAUAAGCAGCUAACCUAAAUUUAAAGAUAUUUAUGUGACAUGAAUAGCCUGUGUUUUAAAAAUUAAAUAUUUUAUAUAAAAGUGAACUGUGUUUGGAUAGUUUUUCUAAUUAAGCACUUACGUAUUUAUGUUGGGAGAGUGGGAAGACAGGGAAAUUGUUGGCUUUGGAAUGAAAAAUUUGAACUAUACCUUCUAUCCUAAAGAGAGCACUGCUUGUGAGCCAUACUAAUAUGUACCACUUAGAAGAAAAGAAUGUUGCCUGGUAAACCAUACUACAGUACUAAGAGUCCAUCAGUUGUAAAAUAAUCCUCGAUUCAAAGGUAUUAAAUAAAAGAAUGUGUCAUAAUUGAUGAAAUACGGUAGUAAAAAAAAUCUUAACACAGCCCUCUAUAAUAUUUAACUAAUUCAGUGAAUUUGGGUUAAUAAAAAGUGGGAAAUCACUAAUUAUUUCGCUUAUAAUAACUACAGUAGUCACUAUUUUUUAGUGAAAUCUGAAGAACAUAAAAUACUUAAGUUCUUUGGGAAAGAAGCAGGUAAGUCAGAUUGCAAGGAAGAAGAUAAAAAUAGAAAAGAUUGAUCUAUAUAAAGAAAACACUUUUCUCCCAUAUGAAAUUCCAUUUUGUAUUUCCUGACACAGCAAGUUCUCAUGCAUGCAACUGAGUGUGGUUCCCAAAUCUUCAAUCCAUUAUCUGUUGGGGAUUUGAAAUUUUAAACUACUCGUUCUAGAGAGGUUACCUUAAAAUAAUUUGUGAAAUGUGAAUUACUUUAGCUGUAAUUCAGCAUUUCAUUGCUGUCAGCAACUAUAUAUUCAGUGCCUACUAUGUGCCAGGUACUAUUGUCCUUUGGAUACAUCCAUAAACAGGAAUGGUGUUAAAUGGUUGUUCUAGUAGGCUGAAAGCAAAGUUGUAAAAGUGUCUGGAGAAGCUAGUUACGGUAUCUACUACUCCCAGAUAUAUGUAAGUUAUACUUAAGUGUAUAUAAGAAUGGAAAUUUGAGUGUCUGUAAAAUUUUAAAUUGAAACUUGAAUAGGGAAAUAAAGUUCUGGGAAAAAGAAAAACUGAAGUUCAGUGAUGAAGAACUUUUAAGUUGAAUUUGGCCCAUCUGUGAUAGGCUGAUUUGUAAGAAAUACCAAGAUUACUCAAGAAAAAGAAAUGGAUUAAAUGCUUCCAAACUCAUACAACUGGUACUUGUGAGUUAAGAUUUUGGUGUAUUUGCUGUAAGCUCAAUCCAGUUUUGAUUUGUUUUAGCCCUAGGCUUAAAUAAAGCUGAAAUACAAA